AAUGGAGGAGGAGGUGGUGGAUGCUCUGCUGAAUGGCGAUAGAGAAACUCAGAUUAGAGCAGCCACUGAUCUGAGUGGAUUGAGUGGUAGGCAGAGGCACAGGUUGGCUGAGAGAGGAGUGGUUCCUCCUUUGCUUUCCAUGCUUCACUCUCAAGAUUUUGAGGCUGUUGAGGCUGCUCUCUUUGCUCUCCUCAGACUCGCCUCUGGAAGUGAAAGGAACAAAGUUCGCAUUGCAAAGGCUGGGGCCAUACCAGUGUUGUUAAGCCUCCUCCAAUGCCAAAGUGAGGCGCUGAUGGAUCUCGCCAUGGCUGCACUCUUGAUCCUCUCUUCUUGCAGAGCAAACAAGCUAGUGAUUGCUGCUUCUGGGGCUAUUCAAAUUCUAGUUGAAAUGCUCAGUGGAGACAACACCGGAGGCGAUAACAAUGGUAGCAGCAUGAGUAUGCAGGCCAAACUCGAUGCCAUAUCCACAUUCCAAAACCUCUCAACUUGCCAUGAGAUCAUUCCAUUAGUUGUGUCUUCAGGUGCUGUGUUUUCGCUGCUUCAACUACUCUGUGGUUGUGACAAAUCAUCGGAGUUGGUCCAGAAGGCGAUAUCGCUGCUAGAAACGAUGGCCUCCUGGUCAGAGAUUGCAGUUGAGGAAGUGGCUGGGACGGGUGGUGCGAUUCAGGCACUGGUUGAGACAGUGGAGGAGGGGAGUCCACAGUGCCAAGAGCAUGCUGUGGGAAUUCUGCUGCUCAUAUGCAAGAGCUGCAGAGAGAAAUACAGAGGAUUGAUUUUGAGGGAAGGAAUCAUGCCAGGGCUGCUUCAGUUGAGUGUACACGGCACAUGGAGGGCUAAGGACAUGGCUCAAGACUUGUUGCUUCUUCUGAGGGAAUGCCCAAACUAUGGUUCAAGAAAGAAACAAUUGAAGAAUGAGCAUUUGGAGCAGAUUAUGAAAGAGAUCGAUGCAGAAGGAGAGGAAGUUGCUGGGACAGCAUUGAGGAUGGUGGAGGAGAUGAUUGCCAAGCUCAAUGUAUGAUUCUUUAGUUGCUGCUCUUCAAAAUUAUACAAGUUUUGGCGUAGGUAGCUAGCUUAUAGCCUCACUCUCUCUGUAUAUAAGAUUGGUUUUCGGCUCCUUUCCCUAGUUGUCUUUUUCAUUAACAUCUGGCCAAGUCCAUGAGGCGUCCAUUUUUAUUGUAAUAUGAUGUUAUUUGCCUCAUUGGCAGUCCAUGUAAUGGAAAAAAAUGGGAAGCACACUGCCACUUGGAAAUUCUCAGUAAAUUAAAGGAGGUUGGA